AUGUCGGGCACGAUGCUCAAAGCGAUCUUCUAUGCGAGGUUUCACGAAGAGAAAGAUGAUUCGAAUACGCUUAACCUCAAGUUGUUUCCUACUCGGUCACCACCGCCGCCGAUUCAGAUCUGGCAUGUUCCUUUGAGUACUGUCCGUUUCAGCAGUUUGCAGACCAACACUUGGGAUCUCACUGUGCAGCGAAUCAUCCCAUACAUCGAUGGCAUCAACUCAGUUCAAAAGAUCGCCAUUCUAGCCGACACAGACCUCACACUCACUCGCAGAGCACUAGCCCACCUCUUGUACUACGGCUGCAUCCUAAUGCUUAACACUUUCCACUUCAACGCCAUCUACGCCACAACAGCCGAAAUCGGAGUCUUCGUCGAAGACACAAAGAUGCAGGAUGAAUGUAGACGAUACAUUGUAACACCACACUCGCCGUUCAAAAACAGUAUUGCUGGAUCUUCUUCUGCUGCUACAAACACAUCUCAAGGACUGAGUUCUUCGUUUACGCCUUCGACCAGUUUCCUCGCCAAUAGGAACCACAAGAGCAAGCAACAGUGCUCCAUCUCUACGCAUCUCUACGUCAAGGCCUUUCUUUACGCGACUGGUGUCUCACGCACGCCUCUUCCUUGGCUUACAUAG